GCUGCUGCACAAGAUGAUUAUAGUCCGAUUCCCUGUGUCCCCAUCCUUCAGUUUUUGUUCAAAUCUCUGUUUUUAGAUACUUUCCAUACUAAUCCACAAUUUAAACUGGAUUUGACCAAACCCGAUUUGGACGACAAUUUAAGUCAGUGUCACGUGAUAAUUGGUCUGAUGCAGAAAACGGUUCGUCAAGAAGCUGGACAAGAUUAUCCAGCCAUCGGAUUUGUUGUGUAUGGGGUUGGUGAAAAGAAUUUCGGACCGCUUCCUCGACCCUUUAUUCUAUCACAUAGACCAAUCAAAAUUUCCGAAUUUUCUCAUCGUCGUGAGGUCACUGAACAAAUUCGUGUACCGCCCGGUCAUUAUGUGAUCAUUCCAAGCACAUACGAGCCCAAUCAAGAANUUAUUCUGAGAAUUAUCACUUCAACUGCUGUUCAACCCGCAAUUUUAGACAAGCAGACCGUUCAAAAGCAAUUACCCGAGGAGAUCGUCAAAGGUGUACAAUUGGAAAAUCUAGUUCUGACUGAAGAAGGGCAAAUAAGAAAGAAAUUUCAUGAGAUUUGCGAUUGUCAAAAACAAGCAAUUCAUGCCUAUCAAUUACAAGAAUUGCUUACAUUCAGCACCCUGACGAGCUAUGAACUCAGUAAUCUGACAUAUCAACCUGUCGCACAUCGGUACAUACACCCGGACGAUUCCGCUGUUUCAUUCGAAGAUUUCAUCUUAUGCAUUGUCCGAUUGAAAACCGCGUUUGACAUUUUUGAUGCACAACCCAAAAAUCAGCGUCUCGAAGCAGUUUUCACGCGGGAAGAUGUGAGUUUCUCGUUAUCAGCCUAUAAAAUGCCACAAACGAGGGAUAUUUGGCGGAACUGGAACAAUCGUCCACGAUACCUGAUGCGAAAAGAAAAUCCCAGCAUGCUAUCAAACCGCGAGGACAAAGCACUCAAAAUGCUGGAGAUAAAGAAAAAUAUUGUUAUCCCUCCACCAGAUAAAGGACGAAUUAUUGCGGCUAGGCACAAAACUGACUGCAUUCAAAAGACCAAAGAGCUGCUCCAAGACACAAACACCUACCGCAGAAUGGACACGGACCCCAAAGCAAAAUUGGAAAACUAA